CGAACUCGGUCGACACACAAGUCGUCGUUCGGUCUCUCCCAUAAUCGAGUAGGUGAAGUGCGUUCGCUGGUUCAGGUGCAACUAUCGAUAAACGCCUACGGAAUCGAAAUUUUUACGAUACUUCGAUGCACUGAUAAUAUCGUCAUGAUAUCGUUCGCCAUUACAGAGGUCGUUGAGAACCGACACUAUUUGCACACACAUUUAUCGCAUUUACUAACUUUUGAUAACAUAUCUAACAAGAAGCAUCUAAAUUUCGAUAAGAAAGUGCCAAACGUGGAAUACAUAUGUAGUUUAAGAAUGUUCACCGAUAAAGUGUAAAUUGAUUCAAGGGACAUCACAUGUAGCUACAUAUAACUACAUCAAGAAGUCUCCCCACCGAUAAGGCAAUCGAUAAUUACACCUGGACGCGGAUGUACGCAGAGUUUCGAAACUGGCGGGAAAAUCCGUGCUCGUCGGAUGCGGUGGCAGUCUUAUUCGAGUGCUCGGUGUGGCAGCUGUUAGAGCGAUUUCGUAGCCAGUGUUUGGAACGCGAGUCGGAAAGAGUGUUGUACGCGAAGAUCCACGGUAGAUCGGUCUGUUAGUCGGCAGGAAUCUAGGUGCACACACCGAAAUAGAGAGCUGGCGCAUCCGUGAGAGAGGCCACUCCUGGACAGGAUACCAAGGAGCUCGACCGCUUUUAAGGAUUCAAUUCCUCGCCAGGGAUGUGCUGCUGUGGUUGCUCGGACGAGUCGUCGUCCAAGGUGGAGCCGACGACAACCGACGAUGAGGGAAUGUCAUCUCGGCACACGGAGCAAGUUUUCGUCACCAAUCGAUCGUGCACCGAUCUCAUAGCUUUGAUCAUCGUGAUUGCCCUCGCGAUUGGUUACGGCUUUCUAGUUUCCAACACGGUGAAGCACGGUGACGUGUACCGUGUAGUAAAUGGCUAUGAUAACUGUGGAAACGUUUGUGGUCGUGUCACGAAGGGUGAAACUGAUCCUCAAUUCAGCUGCAAGGGUGCAGACAUGACGAAUAAGCGGUAUCUGCUGAUGACCGUGGACGUGAAUGGGGUGAAGUCACGCACGUGCGUGGCCAACUGCAGCGAUCAGCACAUAUCGUUCCUGAAUCGCUGUAUACCCAAGGAGUUUUCCGAGACGGCAACUUCCAUGAUCAGGAAGCUCGGGUUAGAUAAUUUCUACAGGGAGGCUUCCAGAGAUUUGACUGUCGCUUGGAGAGAGUUGAUUUACCUUAUUCUGAUCGCUUUAGCUAUAUCGCUGGGAAUUUUAAUUGCGUUUCGAUACAUGGUUCAGUGGGUGGUUUAUAUUGUGCUGAUCGGUGCCAUCAUUGCGUGCAUUGGGGGAUCGACGUAUCUUUGGCUGGCGUGGUACAAGGAGAAGAAAGGGGUGGAAAGGAAUGAAAUACCUGAAGAUGACUCGAGCGAACAAGCGUACUUCAUCUACGCCAUUAUUCUAUCUGUCGUUACUGUCGUCACACUUUUGAUCGUAUUGGUGAUGAGAAAAAGAAUCGCCUUGGUGAUGCAGCUGUUCCGCGAAGCAGGGAAAGCUGUUUACGCGAUGCCAGCGUUGCUGCUUCAACCUAUAUACACAUACUUGUUAAUCGGUUUGACCGUGUGUGCUUGGGUUUACUUCGCGCUCUGGGUAGAAAGCGCGGGACACAUCUAUAUGAACAGGAAGAAUCAUAUUCACUUCAAGAAGGAUGACUGGAUAAUUGCGACGAGAUGGUACAAUAUAUUUUUCUUCUUCGUCACGUGUGAGUUUCUUCUGGGCUGUCAACACAUGGUGGUUGCGCUGGCCGUUGCACGUUGGUUCUUCACCAGGGACAAACGACAACUGUCACUGACGGUAACCCGAGGAUUCUGUUACCUGGUGCGUUAUCACCUGGGCACCGUAGCAUUCGGUGCACUGAUAAUCGGAAUAGUUCGACUGAUAAGAGCAGUCUUAUCCUUCAUACAGAAUCGUCUGAAACGUUACGAUAACGACCUGGUUAAAGGAAUACUAUGGUGUUGCCAAUGUUGCCUCUGGUGUUUCGAGUGCGCUCUAAAAUUCCUCACCAGGAACGCCUACAUCGAAACAGCCAUCUACGGAUGUAACUUCUGCGUGGGAGGAAAGAAGGCUUUCCAAGCGUUAUCCAGCAACAUUCUAAGGGUAGCAGCCAUUAACAGUGUCGGAGAUUUCGUGCUGUUCCUCGGGAAGGUCCUGGUGGUUACUUUAACAGUCGUCUCAGGGAUCUACUUGAUGCAGAAGAAGGAAGGACUCCAUUAUCCUUGGGUACCAAUUGCAUUAGGUGGUGUGUUUGCCUUCUUGGUGGCGCACUGCUUCAUUUCCAUCUAUGAGAUGAUCAUAGACACGAUAUUCCUCUGCUUCUGCGAGGACUGCGAGAAGAACGAUGGCAUCAGCCGACCAUACUUCAUGAGCCGAGGACUAAUGGAAUUCGUGGAGAACAGUAAAAAGGCUCUGCAGCACAUGGACCAAACAGCGCACACGUAAUGGCGUCACCCGAUAGAAAAUUCAGCUACGAAGAAAACCCAAAGGACUUUCAGUGUCUUCCGAAGACACAACGCGUAGAAAUCGUGAUAUUUUCGUUAUGCGCGAAAGAACACGGAGGUUCCGUGCUUUUUGAACGAUCAAAGGUUACAGGAAGUAUUAAUCCUCCUCGGGGAGAGAGGAGAACAGUGAUUAAUUAUCCGUUUCCAAAAUGUCCUCUUUUACAAAUGGACCGACACUUGCACACGGAUAUAGAAAUCGCUUCCUGGUUGAAUCGUCGCCAACUGUGAAACAACCGAGGUAGACGCGUGUGUAUAGCAAUUGUUUUUAGGUAGUUUACGUAAGAGAUGUGCGGUCAAAUGUUUAUCGGUAAAGCGGUCCGUUUCGUUAAGGUUUUUUGAUGCAAGUCGUGUGGUAUAGGAAAGUACUUUAUUAAUUUUGUUGAAGGAUUUAAUAGUUACUUCAAAUUACUUAGAUGUUUGGUAUAAAAUAUGUAAAUAUGUUUCGGUAAAAAGAUAUUUAGAGGGACAUUUCAUAAUUGUUCACAAAGCCAGCUUCAUAAGCUUCAGCUGUAAUUUAAGUCAGCAAAUUGUUAUACUUUCAACUUAUGUUUCUGAAUUUUCAAAGAUUAGAUAAUUGUUUAAAUUCAGAAAUAUUAAAAUCCGGAUUUCUAAAUUCUUCAAACUUUUUUCUAAAAAUUAAGAAGUGUCAUUCUCCUUCUUAACCGCCAUAUUUUUUCUACGCGAACAAAUUUGCUUUUCACAAUCUGUGAACCUUCACCUUCACAUGAACUGAUUUGUGAGUAAAUUCGCCAUCUUUGAUACAGCGUCCUUAGCUAUACUUCCCCAUAAAACACAACUUCCACCAAAAAACACAAAAUAGAAUAAGAUAACCCGUAGCCAAGUUCAUCCGGCAUUGUUAGUCCAAAAAAGAUAAAUACAGUGUACGCACAGUUGUUCUUCCAAAGAGAAGAACAACAUCAUCGUUGCCUUGAAACUACGAUUACCUCGAAUCUUCAUAAAUGAAGAAGCCUGAAGAACCAGUCGACUGAUAGUUGCAGCUUUUAAGAUACGAAUUUUCAACAUUCCCCACACAUUGUUUUGGUAAAAGUCGAUCCAUGACUUAACGUUCUGUAUGCAUUUACCUGCGAAGCGUUCGGUUUUUAUCGUUAGGGUACAAAUAAUACUCGGAUAAAUCGACGCAACAUUGUGAAGUUUCUAAUAUUUUGAAACAUGUUGACCAGUGAAUACUAUGUUGCCAACAGCAAGAUUGAACAGGUGCCAAAAGGCCGAGAUUUGAUUAAACGGCCACGAACUGUACACGAGACACGUGGCGAUAAUUCGUGGCUAUCUGAGCUAAUUACAUCGAUCAUUGUAUAUAUAUAUGUAUUUUUCGAAAUCCGCCCAUCAAUUGUGCAUCGAGACGUUAAUCGAUGUUGGACAUGUUAUUUGUAAAUGGUUGCAGUCGUAAAUUAAAGAUAGUAUUUUAAUAAAUGUUGAAGAGAAUAGAGUGAUUUUUAUUCGGUGUUUAACGUUUCUGAAUAAAUCAAUUUUCAUUGUA